AUGCUGAUCAAGUUAUAUUUGGAGGCCCCGAUUGUUUGGUUCUUCACCUUGAUACUAGAAAUCGUCCGCCAAGUGAUCUAUGGGCUGAAGCACACGAUGCAAGAGGCCAUUUCGGCGUUUUGCAACCAAUCUCCAAUCUCCAAAGUUGUUUUAGUGGUCCAGAAUAGUUUGGUGUACGCGCUAAGGGUAGGCCCCGUUCCAGAUCAUGUUUCCUUUGUUAUGGAUGGGAACAGGAGGUUUGCCAACUUAAAAAAGCUCCCAUUAAAGGAAGGACACGAGGCAGGUGGGGCGACCUUUUUAAAGCUAGUCUACAUUUGUAAGAGAAUUGGAGUGAAAUGUAUCAGUUGCUAUGCUUUCUCUAUAGAAAACUUCAAUAGGUCUCAGGAAGAGAUUGACACAUUAAUGGAAUUGUUUUCCCGGAAACUAAGUGAAUUCGCAGAGAAGGCAAAAGAUCACCAAGAUGCCCUACACGGCUGCAAGAUAAAUGUCGUUGGAAACAAAUCCCUUCUUUCAGCUAAACUGAGAACACAAAUAAAGGAAGUGGAAAAACUCACAGACACUGGGAAUACAAAAUUUUCACUUUACAUAUGUUUCCCCUACACAUCAAGAGACGAAAUAACGACAUCAAUUAUGAAGAAUGUGGCAGCUACCCGAUCUACACCUUCGACAACUGAAAUCUCAGAGGAAACACUGACCAAUAAUAUGCAUUUAGGUCCGUUCUCUAAUACUUGCGAUAUCCUGAUUAGAACAAGUGGCCACAAGAGAUUAUCUGACUACAUGUUGUGGGAGUCCCACGAAAAUGCUACUAUUGAAUUCGAUAACACUUUAUGGCCCAGUUUCGGGUUUACCAAAAUAUUUUUCAUAAUGUUGAAGUGGUCAUACUACAAAAAUAUCCAACAGUACAGCGAAACAAGUUUCUCGCUGAGAAAAGAGAUUUUACGCUCAUGCCAUAACUUCGUCAAGCCAGUAUCCGUUCCACUUCAAUCAUUAGCUGCUGCACCACCCGCUGUAACGGUUACUAAAAAGAAAGCUUAA